CGGUCCUAAAGAAUCGGUUUUUUUGCUUGUUUCGAGAAUAGAUCAAUGACCGGAUUUUGUAAUUUUAUAAAAUUGCCCAAUCAACAUCUAUUCACAGACUAGCUAUAUAAAUGAUGAUCGAUUCUAUGUAUUGGAAUUCAUUCAAGCAAACCAGUUGAUACAAAAGCAUCAAAUUCAUUUCAUCUUUGAACAAAAAAAAAAAAAAUGAAAUUCACAUUGUUUUGCGCAAUUUUCAUGACAUUUACCAAUGUCAUCUUGUCAUAUAGAUAUGAUGAUCAAUAUCAAGCUGAAUUACAAUCCGCACCAACACCACAGCAACAACCACAAUCAAUGGUUAGCUAUGCAUCCGAAACAUCUGAUGGUUAUGUACCAGCCGGUAGUAUAAGUAUUCCAAGAGGAUAUCGACAAAUGCAAACAAAUGGUGGACAAACAUAUCAAUCAACACAAUCGGUUUUCCAGAAAAUUGGCGAUAAUGAAUCAUCAUAUACAGCAUCCAUUCGUGGCGCACAACGUAACGUUAAAGUCAUUGAUAUUCCAUCCACAUUUUCAAUGCCAGCCGAAACAAUGACCAUACAAGUUCCACCAAGUUCACAGCCAUUAACAUUCAUUUUGAAAUCUCGUUCAAGCCAAUUAAAUUUACAAUCUUCACAUCAAUCGGAACCUGGUUCAUAUAAAGAAACAAAUUCCGAAGAUGGAUUACAAGUUCUGGUACAUUCAGUAACUCGUCCUAUAUUGCAUGAAAUACGUGAAAUUAUCACACCAUAUCGUAGGGUAACACAAGAAGUUAAACCGGUACAAGAAACUGCUGAAACAUUGAUUGCACAAGAUAAACGUAGUGGUUACAGUAACAAUAAAAACAAUGGACAAUCAUUAUCAGCUAACAAACCAAAACAACAACCAAAUGUUUUGGCACAAAAACCAUUGAAAUUAGCACCACAAUCACAACAACAAAAAAAUUACAACACUCAGGUUCAACAACAAUCUUCAACAAUGACGAAACCGGUGCCAAAACAACAACAACAACAACAAUCAAUAAAUCGUCCUGCACCAAUGGCAGCACAAAAACCGAAAACUUAUUAAGAAGCGAAAAAAAAAUUUGAUAUCCACUGAUGAUCCAAAAAAAAUAAUGAAGGAUUUAAAAAAAAAAUUCAUUAAA